CACCUCCAUAUUUGGAUUGAUUUGAUGUUUACCUUUUUCGGUAUUUUACAGAGGAAGAUAUUAAAGGUGUUCCGACUAAAACGAAAGUAGCCAGCGAAGCGUGUCAGCCAUGUAUCGAAGUCUGUUCCAUUUUCCACGAAAAUUGUCAAAGCAUGGAUGUAAAGUUAGAAGUCCAUGGUUGACACACCAUGCAGGAACAGCUUCAGUGGCUGCAGCUACCAAGCAGGGGCUUAGUGAGGAACUUAAUGAUAUAAGAGAUGCUGGUACAUUUAAGCAUGAGCGAGUGAUUAUCUCAAAACAAGGGCCCACAAUAAAUGUUGAAGGUAGUUCACAGAAAAUAUUGAAUUUCUGUGCCAACAACUACCUUGGAUUGUCAAGUCACCCUGCCGUUAUUGAAGCAGGAAUCAAGGCAUUACAGACACAUGGUGCAGGACUUAGCUCUGUUAGAUUUAUCUGUGGUACUAUGGAUAUUCACAAAGAAUUAGAAGAGAAGCUUGCAAAGUUCCAUGGCAAAGAAGACGCUAUUUUGUACAUAAGUUGUUUUGAUGCAAAUGCGGGAUUGUUUGAGGUGCUAUUGUCGGAGAAAGACGCUGUGUUGUCAGAUGAGUUGAACCAUGCCUCGAUCAUUGAUGGUAUAAGACUGUGUAAGGCCAAACGUUACAGAUAUAAACAUAUGGAUAUGAAAGAGUUGGAAAGUCAGUUACAGGAUGCAUCUUCCUGCAGACGAAGAUUGAUUGCAACAGACGGUGUGUUCAGUAUGGAUGGAAAUGUUACCCCACUUAGAGAGAUUUGUGAUUUAGCAGAGAAGUACAAGGCGAUGGUGUUUAUAGAUGAAUGUCAUGCAACAGGAUUCUAUGGAGAAACAGGAAGAGGGACAGAGGAAUAUUUCCACCUGGACAAUAAAGUUGACAUCAUCAACUCUACACUUGGGAAAGCUGUUGGUGGAGCUGCAGGAGGAUAUACAGCUGGCCCAAAGGAACUAGUCACGUUACUACGACAACGGUCGCGACCUUAUCUGUUCUCUAAUUCUUUACCACCACCAGUAGUUGCAUGUGCCAGUAAGGCUCUUGAUCUUAUAAUAGAAAAUCCCGAUCUUCCUCACAAAGUACUGACUAACACGCAGAGAUUCCGUACCAAAAUGACAGACGCUGGUUUUGCUCUCUCUGGGGAUCCAGAACACCCAAUCUGUCCAGUAAUGUUGGGAGAUGCCAAGCUUGCCAGCCAGUUUGCUGACCAAAUGCUUGAGAGAGGAAUUUAUGUCAUUGGAUUCUCCUACCCUGUUGUUCCUAAAGGUAAGGCUAGAAUCCGAGUGCAGAUAUCAGCGUCCCACACUGAGGCGGACAUUGAUCGUGCCGUAGAUGCUUUCGUCAACAUCGGACGUCAACUUAAAGUCCUACAGUAAAAGUCUGUAGAAGACAUAAUAAUGUAAGGGAUUUCUAUAGAACACUGUCCUAACUUAUAUGUUUUGUUUACUGAGUUAUGACAGUGUUUUAUUGAACUCCUUAAUUACUUUUUGAUUUAAAAGAAAUUCUGUACAUGGUUGAC